AUGAAACACCACAUAGACAUGAUGGAUGCAGGUCCUGAUGUAAACAACGAAAUGAAUGACGCACAGAAGGAUCGUAUCAUUAACAACAACAACUCGAUUGAAGACAUGAAUGAUAUAGAGAUGGCUAAUGAUGAUGGUUAUCGUGAGCAUGAAGAAGAUGAUUUUGAUGUGAAUGAUGUUGAAAGAGCUCAUAGUUUUGAUAAACGCAAAGCUGUGUCUUUCAUAAUCAAUCUGAAAGAAAUGCAUCGGAUACGUGAGACAGCUGCAGAAGAUGUUGCAAGUAGAGUAAACAAUAUUGUUGAUAGUUACAUCAACAUAUUGAAAAGAAGAUUAUACAAUUAUAUGCAAGGGCUAGACAAUGAAAUUCCAGAGCACACCUUUAAUGAUUUAUUUCACAUAGAAUUACCUUUCAAUGGUGUGGUGACAGCUCACGAACGAAAAAAAUAUAUCAAGGAAAACUUCCUAUAUGUUGAACCAGAGACAGUGCAUGUUGGCCAAAGGCUUCGAGUACUUCGGCAGAGAGGACAUGCUAACUUGGAUGUUGUGAGAGACACAUUCAUAUAUAUCCCACUUACUGAAAGCAUUGAACAACUUCUGCAAAAUAAAGAUAUACUUGAACUUGUUAUUAACCAGCCCACAGAAAGAAAUGACAGGUUUUAUUCCGAUAUUCAAACUGGUUCUGUUUAUUGUCAAAAUGUACAUUUCCAACAAAACCAAAUAGCUUUGCCAAUUGUUUUAUACUUUGAUGACGUUGACAUCUGCAAUCCAAUGAGUAAGCGUGCAGGGACACAUAAAAUUGGUUUAUUUUAUUACAGUCUUGGAAAUCUACCAGUUUCAUAUCGAUCCCGAUUGCCAGCAAUACGUUUGCUAGCAGUUAUAAAAAGGAAUAUCAUGAAUAAACAUAAUAUAAAUGUUGUGUUAGAAAGAAUUAAAAAAGAUUUAGAAACUUUGUCCACUGGAAUAACAUUGAACAUUCAUGGAAAUGAGUAUAAUAUAGUUGGAUGGUGUCUCUGUUUUGUAGGAGAUACUUUAGCUGCCCAUGAAUUUGGGGGUUUUAAAACAGGUGUUGGUUUUGCAUUCCAAAAAUGCAGAAGUUGUGAAUGUACAUUUAAUGAUAUGCAAGAAAAUUUUGAAGAGCACCUUUUUAUUGAAAGAAACUUAGAUCGUUAUGAUGACCAAUGUUAUGAACUUUCAAUGGCACAAACUCUGUCAGUUAGAGAUGUCAUUUCUCGGUCCUAUGGAAUCAACUUCAGAAGCUUAGCUCGUGAUUUUCCAAAUUUUGACUUAACCCAACAAAUUCCUUAUGAUAUUAUGCAUGUUAUCUUUGAGGGAGUUGCAGUAUAUGAGAUUAAGCUAGUUUUAAAAGUUUUAUUAGAUGAAAGAUUUAUUGUGAUUACAGAGAUGAAUAAUUUAAUAGAAAAUUUUUCCUAUGGUUAUGCAAAUAGAAGUAGUCAACCAACUUCGAUUCCAGCUAAAGUCAUCAAUGGAAAUGAAACAACUCUAAAACAGUCUGCUUCAAGUAUGAUAGUCCUUAUGCGGUUGCUUCCUUUUUUUCUCAUUGAUAAAUUAAACUGUCCUUUCAAUAACCAGUACAUUAAGUUUUUGAUAGAGUUGUGUGAAAUUACAUUGAUACUAUUGUCUCCAAUAAUAUCUUAUGAAUCAGUACAAAUGUUACGAUUUAUGAUUUCAAGUCAUUUAAGACAAUUUAAAGAACUGUUUCCGGAUAAAAACAUUAUUCCAAAACAGCAUUAUUUAAUACAUCUCCCAUCAACAAUAGAAAAGUUUGGUGCUCUUUGUAAUGUUUGGACAAUGAGAUUUGAAUCUAAACAUAAUUUUGUUAAGGAAAGGAUGGCUGGGUGUCACAAUUUUAAAAAUAUUGAAAAAUCUAUUUCUGAACGUUUUGCAAUGUAUGAAUGUUCUUUGAAUUUAUGCGAUAAACAUCCAUUGUUUAACAAUGAUUGCAUGUUUGGGAAAACAAAACCCAUUCAUCAAAUUGAGUACUGUAAAGAGAAAUUAGAAAGUUUUUUUUGGUAUUGA